CCUCUAUCCGACAAGCAAAAAUGCCUCCCCAGGUGAAGUCCAAGGCCCAGAAGGCCCUUGCCGCUCAGGCCGGUUCCAAGGCCGGUAAGAAGAAAAAGUGGUCCAAGGGCAAGGUUAAGGACAAGGCCAACAACGCCGUUGCCCUCGACAAGCAGACCUACGACCGUAUCCUCAAGGAGGUCCCGACCUACAAGCUCAUCUCGCAGUCGGUCCUCAUUGACCGCAUGAAGGUCAACGGUUCGCUCGCCCGCCGCGCCAUCGCCUUCCUCGAGAAGGAGGGCCACAUCAAGCGCGUCGUCCACCACCACGCCCAGCUCAUCUACACCCGCGCCACCGCCGGCAAGGAGUAAACGUUACCAACCUACGACUACGAAUCGUUAUGGCAGCGGGCUCGCACACGACCAUGUGGCGAGUGCAGGGCAUGUAGGAUUAUGGACAGCUUGCAUCAGAG